AUGUCCGUGGAAGAUCCAUCCACAAAGCUUGCAGAUAGAUCAUCCCAGCUACUAACGCAGCUAGAUAUUGCUGCGUCGAUCGCGGACUUGAACCCUCCGCAAGCUGAGGUUGCUCAGUUACUCCACAAUAGCCUCGGAAGACUUGCCUUGACCACGAGAUGCUACUUUUUGUCCAUUGCCUAA